AUGACAGCUGAAAACAUUGUCAGACAAUUUCAGUAUACAAGGGUGUUAGAGGAAGACCCGCUUCUUAAGAGGGUGGUUCUCUUAGGAAAAAUUGGAGAUGCAGACGCCAUUCUUACACUUGAGAAAACAUACUUUACUAAUAUAACGAAACCAGGAGACUAUUUAGUGGAGGUUUCAGAAAUUGCAAAUAACGAUGUCUAUCAUUGGGGAAGUACUCUCACCAAACCAGAUUCUUUUGAAAACCCAUCGUGUAAGUACAACCUGAUAUACCCUGCAACUGAAACUCAUAUUCGUAAAUAUGAAAAGGCCACAUUACACAUGGUAAGGGAGACCCCUGAAGCUUAUGAGAGAAUUGUCAAACCUUACGUUGAAUCUAUGAAGGGAGAUAGAUUACAGUGGGUAAGGAAUAUAUUGUACAACGGGGCUGAAGCUGAACGUAUUCUGUUUAAGAAUGACGAUUACAUUAUUUUACCCGACAUGAAGUGGGAUGGGAAAGACAUUGGUUCCUUGUAUUGUUGUUGUAUCGUAUACGAAGCUAAUAUCUCUUCCGUUAGAGAUUUAAACGAGUCGCAUAUCGAUUACUUAAAGAAAAUCCGUGAGAGUAUUCUUACCGAAAUUCCAAAGGUCUACAAAAGCCACGGGCUUUUACGGGACAGUUUAAGGCUUUACGUUCAUUAUCAGCCAUCUUACUACCACUUCCAUAUACACGUGGUUAACAGCAACUUUUUUGGCCUUGCCAACUCUAUGUUGGUUGGCAAAGCAAUUCUAUUAGACGAUAUAAUUGAUAAUCUUUAUUUUCUUGGGGAUAAAGGAUAUGGGCAAAAGACUCUCUGCUACCAAAUGAAAGAAACCCAUGCACUUUGGAACCUUGGUAUGAAAGAGUAUAGCCAGUAG